AUGGCGGAUUCCAACCCUGUUCAAGAGGCUACUGCCUCCAUCGCCAACCUUCUUCUCGACGAAGUCACCGGCGAGAAAGUCUCCAAGACUGAAUUGAAGAGACGCCAGAAGCAGCGUGAGAAGGACGCCAAGAAGAAGGAGAAGGAAGCUGCUGCUCCCCCUAAGCCCAAGGCUGAAAAGAAGACAUCUGCUGAGGAAGAUGAGGCCAACCUGACUCCUAACCAAUACUUCGAGAUUCGCUGCAAGAAGAUCAACAAGCUGCGCGAGACCAAGCAGCCGGAUCCCUACCCGCACAAGUUCCAUGUCGAUACCGACCUCCGCAACUUCCUCAAGGAAUAUGAGGGUCUCCAGAAGGGCGAGCAGAAGCCCGAGGUUACCGUUCGCGUUGCUGGCCGUAUCUACACCAAGCGUACCUCCGGCAACAAGCUGAACUUCUACGAUAUCCGCACCGAAGGUGUCAAGGUCCAGGUCAUGUGCCAAGCGCAAUUCUCUACCGGAAAGCCCUUUGAAGAACAGCACGAGCUACUUCGCAGAGGUGAUAUCGUGGGAAUCGUUGGUUUCCCCGGUAGAACUAACCCCAAGAACCGUGACGAUGGUGAACUUUCCAUCUUCGCUACUGAAGUUAUUCUCCUAACACCUUGCCUUCACGCCAUUCCUUCCGAACACUACGGCUUCCAGGACAAGGAGCUACGUUUCCGUCAGCGCUACCUGGAUCUUAUCAUGAAUGAUAGUUCACGUCAGAUCAUCCAGAAGAGAGCAAAGAUUGUCUCCUACAUCCGUCAGUAUCUCGAUAGCCGUGAUUUCACUGAGGUUGAGACUCCUAUGAUGAAUGCUAUUGCUGGUGGUGCCACCGCUAAGCCCUUUGUAACCCACCAUAAUGACCUCGACAUGAACCUCUUCAUGCGUGUUGCUCCUGAGCUUUAUCUCAAGAUGCUGGUCGUUGGUGGACUGAACCGGGUCUACGAGCUCAAUAAGCAGUUCCGCAACGAGGGCAUUGACCUUACUCACAACCCUGAAUUCACCACCUGCGAGUUCUACCAGGCUUACGCUGAUGUGUACGACCUGAUGGACAUGACCGAGGACCUCGUUUCCGGUCUGGUUAAGCACAUUACUGGUGGUUAUGAGACCGUAUUCCACACCCAGUCUGGCGAAACCUACAACGUGAACUGGAAGGGCCCCUGGCGACGAGUGGAGAUGAUGCCUGCUCUAGAGGAGGCCUGCGGCGAAAAGUUCCCUCCUGGUGACCAGCUCCACACCCAGGAGACCAAUGAUUUCCUCAAGCGCAUUUUGAAGAAGAUGAACGUGGAAUGCUCGGCUCCUCAUACUAAUGCUCGCAUGCUUGACAAACUGGUUGGCGAAUUUAUCGAGAACACUUGCAUCAACCCUACCUUUAUCACCGGCCACCCCCAGAUGAUGUCGCCACUUGCCAAGAAGCACCGCCAAAUGGCCGGUCUUUGCGAGCGCUUUGAGGCUUUCGUUUGCACCAAGGAGAUUGUCAAUGCUUAUACCGAGUUGAAUGAUCCCUUUGACCAGCGUAUGCGCUUCGAGGAGCAGGCCAACCAGAAGGCUCAGGGUGAUGACGAGGCUCAGAUGAUUGAUGAGACUUUCUGCCAAUCCCUCGAGUACGGUCUGCCCCCGACUGGUGGCUGGGGUAUGGGUAUUGACCGCCUGGUCAUGUUCAUUACCAACAACUACAGCAUCAAGGAGGUUAUGACCUUCCCCAUGAUGAAGGAGGACAAGACCGCUGCCGACCCCAAGACUGCUGCCGAGGUCGUCGGUAUUGAGCCUACCCCCGAAGAAGGAAUCCUUUGUUCAGCACUUUCUUCAAACAUUAUCAAGUACCAUCGAGCUCUGUUGCAAAUCAUGGCGAAUAAUACUAUGCCUCUCCCUCGCAUCCCAGACCUGAGUCUCCCGUCUUUUCGAGAGCUCGACGAGUCUAUCGAGGCCAACAGGCGCAACCAACCGAGCUCGCAUCUUUCUGAUAACACACAUGACGAAACAGACAGCAUUGCCUCAUCUUCGUCACAAAAUAUCAAUACCCUUCCCAACCAGUAUCCACCCUAUCCAGCUCAAGGAUGGCUUUUACCGCCUGACCCCAGCCAGAAUCAGGGCCCUGCCAAGGUGCUUCAACCGUCUGUCAGGGCGCUUCAACCCGAUGUGAACGUUGGCAGGGAGAUAACCCCCACCCCUCAACUUUGUCUUCCUCUGAAUGAACCUCAGACAUCACCAAUCCCAACGCAGUCGACUCCUAGCUCCGCACACACAACGUUAACACUCCGCGGACAACCAUCUCCAAGCAUUCCGAUAUCAGCAACGGAGACCUCCCCCAGCCAGACUCAAGCAAUCUUAGCAAAUCCGCAGCAACCCAACGAGCAACCUCGCCGUCAAAGGGUGAACCGCGAUGGAGCCGCAAACCACCGAGCCCAGAGACGCCGAGUGGGCGUUCACUUCUCGGAGGUAGCAGCCCACACCGCAAAAUGCGAUGUCUGCAACAAGCGUAACAAGAACGGCAUGGCUCGCUGCCAGAACUGCGGCUGGCAAAUCUGCCGCAAGUGUCUGACCGAUCGAAACGGAGACAGAACACAUGCUUCCUUUGGAGCUACCCAUGUCCCGGAAAUUGGCGGCGAUAUCCCUGUAUCUUUGUCGUCUAUGGAUGGGAGUCAAGAUCGAUCCUCCGAGUCCAUUGCACAAGUGAGGGCUGCGCAGACCCUGCUGGAUCUUGGAUCAUUUGGUCACGGAACUGGAACUUCUAGUACUUUCGGUGGUGAGGGAAGUCAGCCAGGUGGACGGAAUGUGGAUUCUGCACGUGGUCAGGUCUUGCAGCAGCAGGUCGAUGCUUUGUCCACUGAUUCUGAUAUGACCUUGUCUGUUGUUGGAGAUCAGGAGUGGCCUCAGGAUGAGAAUGAUAUUCCUAUUGGCGAGGACGGUCUGCCUAUUGGAUAUAUCAUAACACGGCGCAACCCUGCGCGUGCUGCGAGGCCUUCUACGAAGAUGGCGGAAUAA